AUGUCUGAUCCACACCCAAACCGCCGUCCCCAUGCUCUGUUCUCUCUCAAGGCUUUGAAUGAAGCCGCCGAACGGGUCGUCAGCCAUCCUUUGAAUCAGCAUCUUGCUGCAAAGAUGCUGGAUGGAACGCCUGUCCUUGAUAUUGGCUUUGCUAUUCGCUCGAAGUACCGUCAUACUAUUGCAACACUUGGGAGAGGGGAAGCGGACGUUUUCAUACCAGAGAAAUGUGUCUCCAAGGUUCAAUGCUCUUUCGAGCUUGAGCCCACCACAAAUGUAAUCAUGCUUUACGACAGAUCGCAUGGCCAGACAACGCAGGUUUUCGGCAAAAAUAGCGUACCAUUCCAGGACGGACGUGUUCGCAAACUACUUGUACAGCAACAGCUGAACGACGAAAUUGGAAUGGGUGGUAUCGGACAAGACCACGUUCAGUUCAAGUUGAUAUGGCAUCCAGAUGCCUUGGCAACGGCUGAAACGAACGACCCAAAAAAUGCCAACAACGACUACGAGGAGAAUAUCAGACUGGCUCGGACUGCAGAUGAAGCAGAAACGGUUUUACCGUCUCGAGCGCAGACAAGAAUCCACACACCCGGGCCGCGCCAGCUGCAGAUGAGAUAUUUCAGGCAAGACGUACUUGGAUCUGGAAGUUUUGGAGUCGUAUACAAGGCAAUCGAUAUAGACACAGGCAGGUGCAUGGCUGUUAAAGUAUUUAAAAAGCCUGAGGGAGUGUCUCAAACGGAAGAAUGGAAGAAAUCAGUGUAUUUUGCACAAAAACGAGAGGUCGAGACACUGUCUCGAAUCAACCACGUUUGUAACCACCCCAUGGUUUCACGGGCUCAGCUAAUGCUUUUCCAGCCCUAUGUGGUCGAAUAUAUCACAUCACAAGGCUGGGGCGGUCCUGCACCAGAGAUAUUCAUGAACCUCAUGGACGGCUCCCUCGCAUCGUUGGUCACUAGUGGGACGGUCCCGUCCAUAAUUUUGCUCGCCCGAUGCGUGUUCCAGCAAAUGCUUCAGGCAUUGGAUUUUCUCGCCGCAAAUGAUAUCGUUCACCGAGAUAUAAAGCCACAGAACAUUCUUUAUACACUGGAAUCAGAUGGACAAUAUCUGUUCCGACUUGGCGAUUUCGGUGUAUGCAAUCACAUCAUUAGUGCUGUUACUCAGGUGGGCACCCUGCUAUAUAUGGCACCCGAAGUUUUUGAGCAUGGAGCCCAAACGCACAAGAUGGAUGUCUGGUCCCUUUUUGUCACAAUGGUAUGGACAUUAGAUAUGGACGGAUUCCGUUCAAAGGAUUUCGUGUCCAUUCCUGACGCUCGCCAAGCCAUUUUGACCGCAGCGGGCGGCGAAAGGCUUAGAGAUAUCCAAGAAAUGGCAAGGGUUGAGCCAAGCGAGCGUUCCUCUGCGGCGCAGAUGUUGAUCAAGUGCUUCAAAGGGGAAGGGCUUACAACUCCGCGGAAUCGAGUUCCGCCGAUCAGUACAGAAUAUUCCAAACACGGAACUCCAGAUGAAAGCUCUCAGACCACGAGCUCUCAGGAGAAGUACCAACUGGUCCAGAGUACCCGAGAAAUCUCUCAACAGUCUAAAGAUCUGUUUCGCGUCAAAAAGUCUCGUAACUUUCCCCAAGCUCGACUGUACGGAGAGGGCGCCAGGCGACCAGGAAGCAACCUUUUCGCAGGAAAGCGUCCAACUCGCAAUAUUGACUCCGCUGAUUUGAUGCAAAGCCUGCAUUUUCACCCAUGA